AUGUUAGUUUUCCUCAUUUCACAUUCUGAUUAGGUAGAAAUUUCACCGAGUAAUUAUUAUUCGACCGGAAUUUCGUUCGUUAUCAAAAAUGAUCUAUCGAAGCUUCAGUGUUAAUUUCUUUGUCGUAAUUUGUCUUUUCAUCUUUUUAAAAGAAGCGAAGAUGCAAACUAGCACAGGCUCUUCGUCGUCGUCAUCAUCGUCAUCAUCAUCUUCUGGUUCUUCGAGAACGAGUUAUCAUACUGAUAUAAACAACGGAGAACUGGGCAUCAGAAUGCAGUACGAUUCGAAAACACAAAAUCCCAAAAUGUACGUUACGAUUUAUUACGAUACAGAAACCACAAGUGCGACGAAUUUCUUCCAGCAACAAUUGACAGAUCAAGUUCUCACUGAUUUUACCGGCUGCGGCGUUGCAUGGGAUUUUAUACCAUGUGGCACAUCCAAAUUCGGCAACACAGGCGCAUUAACUUGUCUUAUGGGCGAUAAACAAUGCGAAUUUGAUAAAAUUCACGCCUGCGUCGCAACCAUGUUAGCACAGGAUCAGGUGAAAGUUGGCCGAUUCGUCGUAUGUUUUUUCAACAACAAUAAAAACGUUGAUCAGUGCCUUCCCAAUGUUGGUUUGAAUUCGGGCGAUGUACAUGCAUGCGCAGGUCCUCAAGGGCAAGGGGCCAACGAGUGUAAUGCGUUCAAUACUCAAAUCCAUCCUAAUGGAAGUCAGACACCACCACCAGGAACUUCGACAGGAUCAUCGACCUCUGCCGGUACUACCAACUUUAAAGGUGUUUUAUGUGGACAAUUUGCCAAUGUUCAGCUUCAGUGUAAUGCUUGCCCAGCACUAGCACCACCACCACCAUCUGGCUGACGAGAGACACCAAAAAAGAAAAUAAGAUUUAUAUAUUACACUGUUAAUUUUAAGUUACAAUGUCGCUCUGGCUAAGUACUUUUCUCUCACUGAAUAAAUUUCCAUACAUGCAUCGUA